AUGUCUCGCCGAAAAUCCAAUAAAGGCAAAGCUGAUUUAAUACAACAUUUGUCUUCGUCUAAACAUUCAAAAAAUAUUCAAUCAACUAGCGGUUCAAAAUCUGUGAAUACGUUUUUUGUAACACAGAAUACAAAAAUCGAAGAAAAAAUAUUAGCAGUUGAAGCCACACUUGCCUUUCAUACGGUAGCAUCUAAAAUAUCUUCUGCUAGAACUAAAACUGAAGCUAUUGUUAAUAAUGUCUUAGCCCCACAUUCAUUAAAAGAAGUUUUAAAAAUCAUUAAUGAUAACAAUAUUUCAUUUAUUGGAGUUUGUACAGAUGGGUCUAACCAUGGUGCUUCAUUACCAAAUGAAACUAGUGAAACAAUCUGUAAUUUAUUGAUAGAGACUUUAGAAAACAUGAAUUUACUUUCGAAGUGUAUAGCCUUUUCUGGAGAUAAUUGUAACACCAAUUUCGGUGGUGUAGAAAGACGAGGAACAAAUAAUGUUUUUUAUCGUCUCCAACAGUAUAUUAAAAAACCAAUUAUUGGAAUCGGAUGCCCUGCUCAUAUUCUAAAUAACUGUGUUCAGCAUGCAAUUGAUGGCUUACCGAUAGAUAUAGAGUCUAUUAUAUUAAAAAUAUAUAAUUAUUUUUCAAUUUAUACAGUACGUACAGAAGCAUUAAAAGAAUUUUGUAUUUUUGUCGAUGUUGAGUACAAAAAACUUUUAUUUCAUUCAAAAACAAGAUGGUUAUCAUUAUUUCCGGCUAUUAAUAGAUUGUUACAAAUAUAUCCAACACUUCAGUCAUAUUUUUUGUCACAAAAUCAAAUACCGAUUGCAAUUAAAUCAUUUUUUGAAAAUCCAUUAAAUGAAAGUUAUUUAUGGUUUAUUCAUUCACUAAUGUAUGUAUUUCAUUCAAAAAUUGAAAUAAUGGAAAAAGAGAAUAAUUCGAUUUGGGAGAUUUCGUCAAUUUUGUUGUCUGUAGAAAAUGCUUUACACGAACGAAAACAACAAGAAUUUUUACCCUUAAAAAAGUGA